AAAGUAUAACAAAUUAUAAAGAUGAAUGAAAGACACCUUGUGGAGUGUGACAGCACACACAGUUUGCAUGUCAUCCUUCUUCUUCUUCUUCCCCAAGUAACUAACCAACUAACAGACUCAAAACAACCAAAUCUUCCCCCAUUUCCAAUUUCUUCAACAAAACCCUAACAAAUUCCCGCCAAAAAUGUUCACAAAUGCACACCGCCAACUCAUCACCCUAAUCCUCCUCUACUUCUCAACAAUAAUAAUAUCAACGGUCACAUGCUCCAAUUCAAACCCUAACAACAUCGCCGUGGGGGUCAACUGGGGCACCAUGACCAGCCACCAGUUACCGCCGGAGAAAGUGGUGGAGAUGAUGACCGAAAACGGAUUCAAAAAAGUCAAACUGUUCGAAGCCGAGAAACGGAUCAUGGAAGCCCUAAUUGGAUCCGAAAUUGAAGUUAUGGUUGCCAUACCUAAUUUCAUGCUCUAUGAUAUGAGUAGAGAUCCGGUUUACGCUGAUUAUUGGGUUGAUGCUAAUGUUACCACUUAUUCUUAUCCCGGUGGCGUCAAUAUCAAGUACGUUGCAGUUGGAAAUGAACCGUUUCUAAAAGCAUAUAACGCAACUUACUUGCAAAUCACGUUACCAGCUCUAAAAAAUGUCCAAAAUGCCCUUAACCGGGCCGGGUUAGGGUCCGAGAUCAAAGCAACAGUUCCGUUAAACGCGGACAUCUACGAGUCACCCGAAUCAAACCCGGUACCGUCAGCCGGAGACUUCCGGUUAGAAAUCAAAGACGCAACGAUUGAAAUCGUUCGGUUUUUGUACUUAAAUGAUGCUCCAUUUACCGUUAACAUUUACCCGUUUUUGAGUUUAUACGGUAACCCGUAUUUCCCGAUGGAUUUUGCGUUCUUUGACGGGUCGAAUCACCCGGUUAGAGAUGGGAAUCGGGUUUAUACGAACGUGUUUGAUGCGAAUUACGACACGUUGGUUGCUUCGUUGACGAAAGCGGGUUACCCGGAUAUGAAAAUAGUCGUGGGCGAGAUCGGGUGGCCCACGGACGGGGAUGUAAACGCGAAUGUGAAAAACGCGAAGCGGUUUAACCAGGGUGUGGUUAAACACGUGUUGGGGUCCAAAGGGACCCCAGCCCGACCGGGCCGGUUGGAGAUUUACCUUUUUAGUCUUUUAGACGAGAAUAAAAAAAGUAUAGCUCCGGGGUCAUUCGAGACACACUGGGGUAUAUUCGAGUAUGAUGGUAAACCGAAAUACGAACUCGAUUUGACCGGGUCGAAGAGGGACAAAGGGUUGGCACCCGUCGUCGGGGUGCAAUACAUGAAACGGCGGUGGUGUGUGUUGAACCCGCGUGUUAAAGAUCUAGACGGGUUGGCUAAGGAGAUAGAUUACGCGUGUAGCUUAUCGGAUUGCACGUCGUUAGGGUAUGGGUCGUCGUGUAACCGUUUGAGUUUGGUGGGGAAUGCGUCGUAUGCGUUUAAUAUGUAUUAUCAACUUCAAGGGCAGAGUGAUUGGGAUUGCGAGUUUAACGGGUUGGCGGCUGUGACGUGGGAGGAUCCGUCGGUCGGGGAGUGUCGGUUUCCGGUGAUGAUCGCUUAUGGUACUUCCGUGGUGGUUCACCGGAAAAUUUUGAAGGUGUUGUUGGGUUUGCUUGAAGGUUGUAUUGUGUUCUUGCUUCUUGUUUCUUAGUGUUUUGGAUUUUGGUUGGGUUUUUUUUUUUUUUUUUAAUAGGGUUGUAGAUUGUAUUAUAACUGAUCAACUUUUGGUUGAAACAAAAUAGUAAUACAACACGUGAUUUUUAUUUUUUAAAUA